GUGCCAUGUGACCACACCCGUUUAUUCACUAAACAUGGCUGCUGUGAGUGGCGAGGUCCCUAUAAAGUCUUUCUCCACCAUUCAUUUGUAUUAUGAUGAUACUUACCAGUUUUCCUGCCGGGGAAAUGUGCUAGGGAUAUAUGAGACUCAAUUUAAUGGCGAAGAAAGGAGUAUAGUGGUGUUAGACCAGACUGUAAUGCAUCCUCAAGGAGGUGGUCAAUCAACCGAUAUUGGCACAAUAUCCAGUCCUGAUGGAAAUAUUAAGUUUGAGGUAUCACAUGUUCAGAAGCCAAGGGAUACAAAUUAUAUUGAACAUAUUGGAACAUUUACGACAGAUGAAAGGUUAAUUGUUGGUCAAGAGGUGACAGUUGAAAUUAAUUCAGGAAGGAGAUGUACUAAUGCUAGAAUACAUAGUGCAGGCCAUCUACUUGACUCAGCUUUCAUUAACCUGGGAAUAACCAAUCUAGUCCCAUCAAAAGGCUAUCAUUUCCCUGAUGGACCUUAUGUUGAAUAUAUUGGUGAUAUUCCAGCUGAAAAAAGAGAAGAAGUCAUUAAUCUUUUGAAUAUAGAAUCAGAAAGACUCAUCAAAGAAUCUAUUGGAGUUGUGGUAUCAGUGAAUGAAAGAAAUGAAAGAGAAGUUAAUGUUGGUGGAGUAUCCUGUAUGUGUGGUGGAACUCAUGUUAAGAAUACUGCAGAAAUAAAAGGUCUUAAAGUCUCAAAAAUUAAAAAGAGCAAGAAAAAUGUGAGAGUGUCUUACACUGUACUGUAAAUAACUGAAACAAAGUAAUUGUACAAGAUUAUUUAUUUUUAUAAUUUUUAUUAGAGCUGUGUACAUUAUGCCAAAUUAAUAAAUGCUGCUUUGUUGAUAUUAA